GUCCUUCAUGAGAUCUUGGAAUUGGAACGACGGACCUGUCUGUCUCCGAUGGCUUCCUCUUACCGUGACCGCACGUCGGAGUUCCGGUUACUGUCGGAGACUCUGAAGAAGAUCGGAGGAGGCGCGGCGCCUCCGCCUCAAUCCGAGAAUGCUCCUUCGACCUCUCACGAGUCCUAUUCGAGAUCCGAAUUCAACCGAAAGGCCUCGCGAAUCGGGUUGGGGAUCCACGAGACGUCGCAGAAGAUCGCGAGGCUCGCGCAGCUGGCGAGGAAAUCGUCCAUGUUCAACGAUCCGGCCGUGGAGAUUCAGGAACUGACGGCGUUGAUUAAGAACGAAAUCACGGCGAUGAACUCCGCUCUCUCCGAUUUGCAAACCAUUCAGAACAUGGACAUGGCCGACGGCGGUUACUCGCAGGACAGGAUUGUGCAUUCCACCGCGGUUUGCGAUGACUUGAAGAGCAAACUCAUGGGAGCCACGAAGCACCUUCAAGAUGUGUUAACUGCUAGGACUGAGAAUAUCAAGGCUCAUGAGAACAGGAAGCAGAUAUUUUCCAAGAAUGUAUUAAGAGAGAACCCUUUCCAGCAUCAGCCAAAGCCAGCCACUGAGCCGCCACCUUGGUCAAAUUCAUCAAAUGCAUCUGAGAAUUUGCAACAAGAAUCAGUAUUACCAUCAAAUGGAGCUCCUGUUGGCAAUCAACUAAGACGGAGGUUGGCUGUGGACAACACUCCAUCUCAACAAAUGGAAAUGUCUAUGAUACAGCAGGUUGUUCCUCGGCAUGAGAACUAUGCUCAAAGUCGGGCAACUGCUCUGCACAAUGUGGAAUCUACUAUCACAGAACUUAGUGGGAUUUUUUCGCAUUUGGCUACAAUGGUUGCCCAUCAAGGGGAGCUUGCUAUCAGGAUUGAUGACAAUAUGGAUGAGUCAUUGGCAAAUGUUGAAGGAGCUCACAGUUCUUUAUUGAGGCAUCUCAACCAAAUUUCAUCAAAUAGGUGGCUUCUAAUAAAGAUAUUUGCCAUUCUGAUACUUUUCCUCAUGAUCUUCAUAUUCUUUGUCGCCUAAUAUACUUAUGCUAAUCAUGGACUUCAUGGCUUACUUGGAUUUGUCUUCGUUCUUCUGUGGAGGCAAAAAUACAAGAGCAGCUAAAUGUGGCAAUGUAUCUAUUUGAAUGUAGAUAGAGCUUCGUUAUCUGUAAACUUUUUACUUUCCCAUAUUCUUUUGUUUGGCGAUCAUUAUAGAUCUUAUUAAAAUUUUCGUUGGCAUGUAAGUCCCAAAUUAAGCAAAUUAAGAAAUAUACGAGUACUUGGUAAUUGAUAUAGAUUCACAAUAUUUUUGUCGAAGGUGGGGGAGUUUCUAAGAUGCAAAAUAGAGUGAAAAAGAAAAUAUCACGUUUCUAGACACUGUAGUGGAUAGGUUACCAAAUUGAUGGUACCAUCCGAUAAGUCCUUUGUUCAGCUACGAGAUAAUGUAAGCUUUUUGAUAUUGUAAUAGUAAAAUUGAUUUUGUUUUUAAA